GUUGCCCAGCAGUGCGGUGUGAUUGAACGAUCCCGACAAUCAAGCAUCACAUUGAAGAGUAGUGAUAGUGAACUGGUUGAUCAUUGUUUUAGCUAUUCUCUGUUAGUUGAAUUUGCUGCGAUAAGCCUUAGCUAAAAUAUUUUUGGUUUAAAUUCAUUCAGGUGAACGAUAGGAGACUAAAGAUGCAUCCGCUAGCACGAGAGCAACCCUACGCAUCAUCCAUUUACAACGUCGGAUUGAUCCUGAUCGGUGCACUGCUGCUGCUGCUGACGACGGUGGCCCAAGCCGAUCCAAUGGUGGACGGUGGUGGUUUGUACGGCGAUAAUAAACAUGCAAGCGACAAGCGACCCUUCUUCGUUGGCAGCCGGUACGGUCGGUCACAGGUGUACGGUGCCAAGGAUUUGCGGCAGGUCAAUGUGGUUCCACGGAACGAUCGUUUCUUCCUUGGCUCGCGAUAUGGAAAGCGGUCCGAUUUGACGAAGGAAAUCGAAUCCGAUAGCAAUAAUGGAGCGGAUCUUACCUAUCUGGCCUGUCUGCACACGGGUGUGUCGAACCUGUACCGAUGCUACAGUCGCGAUUCGGCCUCAUUGCAUGGACAGCAGCAGCAGCAGCCAGAGCACGGUGAUCUGCAGGAGCCGAAUCAGCAGCAGCUGUUUCAUCAGUUCACCGAAAACUCUGACCUUCUGGGGGAAAACUAAUCACAAAUAUUGGGCGCAAGAAGAUUAGAAAGGGAGUACAGCUUACGCUUGACUGGUGAACGACUAGUGGGCAAUGGCCGUUUCUACUUUAUAUCUCUGCAUCACUUUCAUUCUAACUAAUCUGAGCCAUUUCCCGAUUUGCCAAUGUAAAGACAAGCUAUAAUACAAACCGGUUAAAUGUGGAAAUCCCUAUCCUUUCGGCACUGGCAUGAUCCAAUGGUACACACGAGCAGCGGAAGGCGGAACAGAGGCUAGCAAAGACAUCAGCACCUAAGGCUAAGGCGCCUAAUAAUGGAAAAAAAUGCAGGACACGAACAAUGGGCGAAAAAAGGGUUUCAGUUUUCACGGGCGUUCGGACGAAGGACAUACGAAUGGAGAUCAAUGUAGUGAGCCAAAAAGCAUCAAUGGUGUGAUUACCGGAUGGUGAUAAUCAGUAGGUGGAACUGUUGUUGCCCCAUUUUGACUUACUACACCAGGCUGGGUGAUCUCCAUUCGACGAAUCUCGUUCGCUUCGUAUUAUCUGAGAGGAAGUUACAACAAAUGCUACCUAAAUCGAUCCGAGAAAGGGAGAGGUGAAUCAGUAUCAAAAUACGUAUUUAAAGGCCUUUUUUCUUUGCUGGAUGAUGCUGUUUGCGUUGACUAGGAGGGAAUCAUAUAUUUUCCAUCGCAAUGUUAAGUUGGAGCGAUUUAAUGCACACGAUCAGUGGCGAUCCUAAAUCAUGUCAAUACACACAAAAGCAUCGAUCGGAUUAAAGAAGAUCAAAUAAUAAAAUUAACAUUCAGAACCAUGUUAUCUCGUCGGCACUGUUCUUGUAAAAUAAAUUAUAUUGUAAAAAUAAAUAUUAGUGCUAU